AUGAGGUUUAUCAUUCUCGGCGCGGCCAGCGUGCUCGCACUCGUCGCCGCAACACCCCUCAACGAGCUCCAACGCCGUCAGGCCAGCUCCGCCAGUUCGUCGGCCCUGACUUCUUCCGCAAGCUCGGUCAGCGCGAAGCCCAGCGCGAGCAGGGGCAAGGCAGGCAUCACUGUUGGCUCUUCCAGCGUCGCGGUCUAUCCUCCUACGGCGACGAGCGACUAUGCCACAUACUUUCCCAGCGAGAGCGUUGUUGGCUAUGCAGGCCCUACGCCUACAGGUGGUGAGGCCUACAUAGCUCAGACAGCACCCGCAUAUCCCUCCUUCACUGCCUAUGGCGCACUCUUGACGCCCCAAGAUUCGACCAAAGGCCAAGAUGGUUUCAAUCCCAUUCGCUACCUGGGCAAUCUGAGCCCCUACCAGUCCAUCGAUAGCGCCGUCUAUGGCUUGCCGAACGCAUCGAGCAAAGUACCAGGCUCGUGUUACCUCCAGCAAGUCCAUGUUCUCUUCAGACACGGCAGUCGCGCUCCGACUGGCGGCGCACCUCCCGCUGCGUUUGCUGCCCUGCUCGCCAAUGCUACUGUCAACGGCACAGGUUUCACUGCUACUGGACCAUUAGCCUUUCUGAACACGUGGACCUACAAAUUGGCAAGCCAAAUUCUGUCGGUGUGGGGUCGGCAGCAAGAAUAUGAUCUCGGUGCACAGCUCAGGAUAGCGUACGGCAGUAUCCUGUCCAACUUCACGCUCACCAACACGCUGCCUGUCCUUCGUACGCCGAGUCAGGAUCGUAUGUACAAGAGCACCCUCAACCUCGCGGCUGGCUUCUUCGGUCUGCCCGCCGAUCCGCAAUACCAUCUCUCGAUCGUUAUUGAGCAGCCAGGUUUCAAUAGCAGUCUCAGUAGCUACGAGACCUGUCCCAACUCAAACAACAAGCGAGGCAGCGUCGGGACUACGGCAUCUACCAACUUCACGAACGCGUUUGGAGCUCCGAUUGCUAAGCGCCUGCAGCAGUACAUCACCGGAAUCGAGAUCAAUGCUACCACAGUCUCGCAAAUGCUCAACCUCUGCGCUUACGAGACAAUCAACCUCGGCUACAGCAGCUUCUGUGAUCUCUUCACUUCACAAGACUUCAAGGAUUUUGAGCAUGCCUUUGAUAUUUCCUUUGCGGGCAAUAAUCUGUUCCAGAGCCCGGUCUCAGCUGCACAAGGACUGGGCUAUCUUCAGGAGUUCCAAGCACGCCUAUCGCACGUGCAACCGACCUUUUCGAACAGCUCGAGCAACCAGACGCUCAACGGCAGUCCCAUCACUUUCCCCGUCAACAACACCUUGUACAUGGACGCUACUCACGAGGUUAUUGUUGCGGACGUGCUCACGGCGCUCAACUUUACUGUGUUAUCUGAGGCGCCGCCCACCGCCGCUGGAUCUACGAGCAACGCUACAUUUGUUGCCAGUCGUGUUUUGCCCAUGGGUACACAUAUCGUCUUCCAAGUGGCCAAUUGCUCGAACGAAUCGACAACUGGCAAGGAGGGCACCUUCGUCCGAGCUAUCCUCAACGAUGCCGUGAUCCCUUGGGGUCUCACGGGCUGCCCGAAGCAGAAAGAUGGCUUCUGCGAGCUGUCUGUGCUCAUUCGAGGACUGUCGCUGCGUAAUCAGCAGAUCGACUUUGACUAUGCGUGCAACGGCAACUACAGCAUCCCGUCGUACGGUCAGAUCAAGAACGGUCUUCCGCCACUCAUGUCGUCUGCUGCUGCGAGCUCGAGCUCUGUUCGCUCGUCAAGUGCGAGUGCGACCUCCACUUCAUCGGCCUGA